AUGUCCUUCAACGGCUUUUCGCCCUCAGUCGACGCGUCUUCUCCACCCUUCGACGACAGCUACGGCCGAGAGAUAUCGUGCAAGGGUCGAGAAGGGACUGAUGAUCUGCAGGAGGUCGCUGAUUCUUCACAGCGCCGGCGGCUUCCCUCGUUCUCUGCAUUAUGGAAGGCCAGUCAUAGACCGCGAAGACUUGACAUGAAUAUGAUCGUCGAGUGCUCUGGGAUGAUGCUGAAAGAGGGGAGAUUAGACAUGCUACGAACGAUCAAGCGAGGAGUCAAGGCGCACCUCGUAGUUAUUGGGCCUGGAGAAUAUCUUGAACAGCCCACAUGGCUGCUGGCAGGGGUUUGGGUCCUUCCCUGGAACCUCGGUGACCUUCUCUGUCUAUCCUUGGAAUGGGUAGGACAUGCCGAGACAUUGCAACAAUUCCGACAAUGGCAGAUUGGCUUUGAUGAGGAGAGGGGUACUUUGCAAGUGUCGUCUUAA